GUGAUAGUCGCUCACUCAUAUAAGGAAGGCAGCUAUAAGGAAAGCAGCGGCUGAGACUGGAUCUUGUCCUUCCUACUGCAGUAAAGUGAGCUGAUGGUGGCUUAGAGCGGUCAGACUCAGCAUUGUGUUCUGAGAGUUUUAUAUUUUAUUGCUCAUCUUUGGAACUGAACAUCUGUGAUCCCCACUGACCAGAACAUAAGAGGGUGCUGUAUGUGGAGGUUAUGAAACACCAGGGCACUGGAAGCCAGAAGGAGAAAUUGUGUCAUUUAAGACAGUGAGACCUGCAAAGGCCACAGAAGCCGCUGCUUCAGACCCAUUUUGUCAAGUCUCCAGCUAUGCUCUCCAGGUUCACUGAGAGCCAGAGACUAGGAGAUUGUGGUGGUCCCAUCCUCCUCCUUUUGAGGUAAAGGAUAUGGCAGACAAAUUUUCAUGGGCACAUCUCAGUGAUACAAAUUUACGAUCAGCAUCUAGUGAAACAUGCACUGAUCUGAGUGAUGCAAAUUUACCAUCAGCAUUCAGUGAAACAUGCACAGAUCUGAGUGAUGCAAAUUUACCAUCAGCAUUCAGUGAAACAGGGUGGUCCAUCUCCAGCCUGGUGAAAACUACGUGUUCCCUGAGCCACAUUGCAGAGGAAAACUUGGACAGGGCAAGAACAACUCACUUUAGAGAUUUCCUGGCAAAAAACGAUGUACUAUUCAAGAAGAAAAGCCAUUACCAUCCUGGACAAAUAGUACAUCUUCAAAAGAGAGACUCAGUCAAAUUGCCUGCAUGUCGUAUCAUCCUCCCUCCCUUUCCCUUAAAGAGGAGAUGGAGUGAAUUGGCUCUGCCCACAUUCAUGAUGGCCUCAAAAAAUGGCAACAUUGUGCAGCAGGAUGAGUGUGUGAAUACAAAUGCUACAGAGACAGAGGCUACUGAUUUGUUUGCUGACACAUCCAAGGGGAUAAGAAAGGAGGCUGAGAUUGAGGAGACAGGAAUUACCAUCUCAUUUAGUCUCAUGCCUCUGGAUGUGUUGUCCUUCUUGGAGGACACCACAAGCAAACAGAACCCUGGAUGUUCCAUCCUUGAGUUAACAUCUACCAAGGACCAUCUCCAGGAGGCACCUAUAGUCCCCAAAAGGAGGAACAGAAGAAGGCUAUGGAAAUGGGUGAGGAGGCAGAUUAUUCACUCAUUCAGGAGGUUGUUUCUCUGCUUCUCCACUCGAAGUAGAAGACACACAACAUCCAGGAUUAAUCAUUGGGUCCAGGCCCGUCGUUCCUAAAUGACAGGCUUGUGUUCGGCCUGGUGCAGCAGAACUGCUGCAGGGGGAGCCAGGCCAGAAGAGGCAGGGUACACAACCUUUUGUUACCUGUCAGAUACCUCCACCAACCAGAACUCCAUCUCUGUAACCCCAUCUCCUACAGAGUGUGAGUAAUUAGCUCUCCACUCUUUGGCAUCAUUGUUCCCAAUGCACGUAGACAGAGAAGUCAUACAUACAACCUUCCUGCUAUGAAGAGACAGCUAUACUGACUCUGCAGUCCAGGUAUGUCUUUCACAGAGUAUGCAUUGGCUGAAAUCUUUGAAGAACAUCAGAAUAAAUCCUUUCCAGUUGCCUGGCUUGGGAGUACCAGCUCUUAGCUUGUUUUAGGAAGCUUGCCCACAAUGUCUCUGUGCUGUGAACUUUCUGUGUUCAUUUAUGCCCUGAUGUGAAAACUCAAAACAUUUGAAGAAACUGAGGCAGUAUAACAAUCUCCAUAGUUUAGACAAGAUUUCUCAGGCCUAACAUGUAAAUUCCUUUAUGUUAUUAAAUGUUCACUUGAUUUUAAAAAUA